CUUCUCUGGUCCUUCUGGACUGCCAUGGAGGGGAUGACGUUCUAUCUGGUGGCUGCUCUAUUGAUUGCUUUUCCAGCAUCUUCCCAGGGGGGUCUCUACACCCUCAUCACCCCUGGGGUUCUGCGAACAGAUACAGACGAGCAAAUUUUGGUGGAGGCACAUGGAGACAAUGCUCCGAAACAGCUUGACAUCUUGGUUCAGGAUUUUCCACGGAUGCAGAAAACCUUGUUCCAAACCAGAGUAGAAAUGAAUCCAGCGGGAGGCAUGCUUGUCACUCCAACUAUAAAGAUUCCUGCAAAGGAACUCAAGAAGGACUCGAAGCAAAUUCAGUAUGUGGUUGUGCAAGUAACUGGUCUUCCAUCGAAAUUGGAAAGGGUGGUUCUCCUUUCUUACCAGAGUGGCUUUGUGUUCAUCCAGACAGAUAAAGGCAUCUAUACACCAGGCUCUGCAGUGCGCUAUCGUGUCUUUUCUGUGGAUCACAACAUGCACAGGAUGGACAAAACUGUGAUUGUCGAGUUUAAGACUCCACAAGACAUUGUCGUUAGUUCUAAUCCAGUUGAUCCAAAGUUCAUCCGGCCUUACAAUUUACCAGAGCUUGUCAGUUUGGGGACAUGGAAGGUUGUGGCCAAAUAUGAGCAUUCCCCAGAGGAGAGCUAUACCACAUAUUUUGAUGUCAGGGAAUAUGAGCUGCCAAGCUUUGAAGUUCGUCUGCAGCCCUCAGAGAAGUUUCUUUACGUUGACGGCAAUGCAGAUUUCCACCUGUCUAUCACUGCAACGUACUUGUAUGGAAAGAAAGUCGAAGGUGUUGCCUUUGUCCUCUUUGGAGUGAAAAUAGAUGGUCACAAAAAGAACAUUCCAGACUCACUCACAAGAAUUGAGAUUAUUGAUGGAGAUGGGGAAGCAACACUAGAAAGGCGCAUACUACGUUCUCGAUUUCAAGAUCUCAAUCAGCUUGUUGGGCAUACUCUGUAUGCAUCUGUAACAGUGAUAACAGACUCAGGCAGUGAUAUGGUAGUGACUGAGCAAAGCGGCAUUCACAUCGUGACAUCUCCCUAUCAGAUCUCCUUCAGAAAAACCCCCAAAUAUUUCAAGCCAGGAAUGCCGUAUGAACUGAUGGUGCUUGUUACCAACCCCGAUGGCUCACCAGCUGCUAAUGUACCAGUGAUAUCAGAGGAAAUUCGUUCUGAGGGAACCACUUUGAGCGAUGGGACUGCUAAAUUCAUCCUGAACACACAAGGGAACAUUCAAAGCCUACCGAUCACUGUUAGAACCAACCAUGGAGACCUCCCAAGAGAACGCCAGGCAACCAGGUCCAUGACAGCCACAGCCUACCAAACGCAGGGAGGAUCUGGAAACUACCUUCAUGUAGCCAUUCCAUGUACAGAGAUUAAGCCCGGAGAUAACUUACAUGUCAAUUUCAAUGUGAGGGGCAAUGCAAAUUCAUUGAACCAGAUCAAGUAUUUCACAUACCUUAUAUUGACCAAAGGGAAGAUUUUCAAGGUUGGCAGGCAACCCAAGGGAGAUGGGCAGAAUCUGGUAACCAUGACUCUGCGUAUCACGCCAGAUCUCAUCCCUUCCUUCCGGUUUGUGGCUUACUACCUCGUGGGAAACAGUGAAAUUGUGGCUGACUCUGUCUGGGUGGACGUGAAGGAUACCUGCAUGGGAACGUUGGUUGUGAAAGGAGCAUCUUCCAGAGACAAUCAAAUAAAAAAGCCAGGAGAAGCAGUGAAUAUCAAAUUGGAAGGGGAUCCAGGUGCUCGUGUCGGUCUUGUGGCUGUGGACAAAGCAGUAUAUGUUCUCAAUGAUAAAUAUAAGAUUAGCCAAACUAAGAUAUGGGACACAAUAGAAAAGAGUGACUUUGGCUGUACAGCUGGCAGCGGCCAGAACAAUCUGGGUGUCUUUGAAGAUGCUGGACUGACUCUGACAACUAGCAGUAAUCUCAACACCAAACAAAGAUCAGAUGCAAAGUGUCCUCAGCCUGCCAAUCGGAGGUGUCGCAGCUCUGUUUCCCUGCUUGACAGCAAGGCAAGCAAAGGUGAUUUUGAAGAUGAAUUCUUUGGCGAUGACAACAUCAUCUCAAGGUCUGAUUUUCCCGAGAGUUGGUUGUGGCUAACGGAGAACCUGAAUGCACCACCUAACAGUCAAGGGAUUUCAAGCAAAACACUGUCUUUUAAUGUGAAGGCGUCCAUCACAACCUGGAAGGUGCUGGCUGUGAGCAUUUCACCCACCAAAGGGAUCUGCGUGGCUGAACCUUAUGAAAUAACAGUCAUGAAAGACUUCUUCAUUGAUCUUCGACUGCCGUAUUCAGUAGUGAAGAAUGAGCAGGUGGAGAUUCGAGCUGUUCUGUACAACUACGCUAAUAAUGAUAUUUAUGUGCGAGUGGAAUUGUUAUACAACCCAGCCUUCUGCAGUGCUUCCACAGAAGGACAAAGAUACCGAGAGCAAUUCACGAUUCCAGCUCUGUCCUCCAGAGCAAUACCAUUUGUGAUCGUCCCAUUACAGCAAGGAUUGCAUGAUAUUGAGGUCAAAGCUAGUGUCCGGGGAGUGUUGGCAUCAGAUGGUGUGAGGAAGAAGUUGAAAGUUGUACCUGAAGGGGAACGGAAAGAGAUUGUGACUAUUAUUGAACUGGACCCGCGUGCAAAAGGAAUCGGUGGAACCCAGGAACUAAUAGUCAAAGCCAAUAAAUUAGAUGACAAGGUGCCUGACACAGAAAUAGAAACCAAGAUUAGUGUUCAAGGUAACCCUGUGGCUCAGAUUGUUGAAAAUUCAAUUGAUGGAAGUAAACUCAGGCAUCUCAUUAUCACUCCUUCUGGCUCCGGGGAGUCAAAUAUGAUCAGCAUGACUCCAACAGUUAUUGCCACCUACUACCUGGAUACAACAAAUCAGUGGGAGACUUUCGACGUAGAUGGCAGGCGUGAAGCUGUCCAACAGAUCCUGACUGGUUACACCCAGGAGCUGGCGUACAAGAAAGCAGACCAUUCCUAUGCAGCAUUUGCAAGCCGUGCAUCUAGUACUUGGCUAACAGGAUAUGUUGUAAAAGUCUUUUCCUUGGCUGCCAAAAUUGUAAAAGACAUUAACCAUGAAAUCAUUUGUGGAGGUGUGAGGUGGCUGAUUCGGAACAGGCAACAACCAGAUGGAGUGUUCAAAGAAAAUGCCCCUGUAAUCCAUGAAGAAAUGCAGGGAGGAAUCCAAGGUGCUGAACCAGAAGUAUCUUUAACAGCUUUCAUUCUGAUUGCGUUGUUGGAAUCCAGAGAAAUCUGCAAUGAACAUAUCAGUAAUCUAGAGAGCAGCAUCAACAAAGCUACAGAUUAUUUACUCAAAAAGUACGAGCAAUUGCAAAGGCCUUACACUACGGCCCUCACAGCCUAUGCUUUGGCUGCUGCAGACCGACUCAAGGAUGACCGGGUACUCAUGGCAGCAUCAACAGGAAGGAAUCGUUGGGAAGUAGCUAAAGCUCACACCCACAGCAUUGAAGCCACUUCCUAUGCCUUGUUGGCCCUGCUGAAAAUGAAGAAAAUUGAGGAGGCCGGUCCUGUAGUCAGAUGGCUGAUAGAUCAGAAAUUUUAUGGGGGAACAUAUGGACAAACCCAAGCAACAGUUAUGGCAUUUCAAGCUCUUGCUGAAUAUGAGAUUCAGAGGCCUACCGAGGACUUGAAUUUAGAUAUUGUUAUUAGGCUGCCAGGACGAGAACUACCUCUAAACUACAAAUUAAUGCUACCAAUGUUCUUCGAGCCCCAGACGACAGAGACCAAACUCAAUGAAGACUUCACUGUGUCAGCAUCAGGUGAUGGAAAAGCAACAAUGAAUUUGACAGUCUAUAAUGCACUACUGCGGGAAGAGGAAAUUGUUUGCAACAAAUUCGAACUUGACGUUUCUGUGGAAAAUGUCCCAUUGAGUAAACGCAAGCAGGCAAAGGGAGCCCUCAGGCUCAAAAUCUGCACUAGAUAUCUGGGAGAAGUUGACGCUACAAUGACAAUAAUUGAUGUUUCUAUGCUGACUGGUUUUUCCGCUGACGCUGUAGACCUUACAAGGCUUUCUGAAGGAGUCGACAGAUUCAUCUCCAAGUUUGAAAUUGACAAUAUGGCUCAGAAAGGAGCUGUUAUCUUUUACUUAGACAAGGUCUCCCACUCUGAGAAUGAAUGCCUGCAAUUUAAGAUUCUCAAGCAUUUUGAAGUUGGAUUCAUUCAGCCAGGAUCAGUCAAGGUGUACAGCUACUACAAUCUAAAUAAAAAAUGUACCAAGUUCUACCAUCCAGAUAAAGAAACAGGCCUUCUCAAUAGGAUAUGUGAUGGUAACAUUUGCCGAUGUAUGGAAGAAACCUGUUUCUCCAUCCAGCAGGAAAACAUUGAUCUCGAAUUACGAAUUCAAAAAGCCUGCGAUCGAAGUGUGGAUUAUGUCUACAAAACCAAGCUGCUUCGAAUGGAAGAAAAAGAUGAUAAUGUUAUCUAUUUCAUGGAAGUUCUAGAAGUUAUUAAAAGAGGCACUGACCAAAAUCCACAAGAAAAGGCCCGCCAGUAUGUAAGUCAAAGGAAAUGCCAGGAGGCUCUGUAUCUGGAGGUGAACAAUGAUUACCUGAUCUGGGGUCUCAACAGUGACCUGUGGCACAUGAAAGAUAAAAUUGCCUAUUUCAUUACAAAGAACACCUGGAUUGAGAAAUGGCCAAGAGACGAAUGUCAGGAUGAAGAAUUCCAGGACUUAUGUGCAGACAUUGGCCAGUUGUCUCACAUAUUGACUACUUUUCGAUGCCCCACUUAAUGUUUAGAAGAAUCAAUGA